AAAGUACAAUAAAUUGAAUAUUCGGCCAAACGCGGUCUUAUAGUCCAAAACCCCUAAAGAAACCCUUAAUUCCCCUUUGCACUCUCUUUCGCGCUCCCCGAUUCCAAAUCCUAGGGUUUCUCAGAAACCCCAUCUCCCUUCUUCACUUCACUUCUUCGGAGCUCACCAAUUCUUCAAUCACCAUGUACUUGUACAGCCUAACUCUUCAAAAAGCCACCGGAAUCAUUUGCGCCAUCAACGGCAACUUCUCCGGCGGUAAAUCUCAAGAAAUAGUUGUCGCGCGUGGCAAAGUCCUCGAUCUACUCCGCCCCGACGAAAAUGGUAAGCUCCAAUCCCUUCUAUCUGUUGAAAUCUUCGGCGCUAUUCGCUCCUUAGCUCAAUUUCGCCUCACCGGCGCGCAGAAAGACUACAUCGUUGUCGGCUCAGAUUCCGGGCGCAUUGUUAUCCUCGAAUACAAUAAGGAAAAGAACACCUUCGAAAAAAUUCACCAGGAAACUUUUGGUAAAUCUGGGUGCCGGCGGAUUGUCCCUGGUCAAUACUUGGCCGUUGACCCCAAGGGUAGGGCUGUAAUGAUUGGUGCUUGCGAGAAGCAGAAGCUCGUUUAUGUUCUGAACAGGGAUACUUCGGCUAGGUUGACUAUUUCGUCGCCUCUUGAGGCACAUAAGAGCCACACUAUAGUUUAUUCGAUUUGUGGGGUUGAUUGUGGGUUCGACAACCCUAUAUUUGCAGCAAUUGAAUUGGAUUAUUCCGAGGCUGACCAGGAUCCCACUGGACAGGCAGCCAACGAGGCGCAGAAGCUAUUGACCUUUUAUGAAUUGGAUUUGGGUCUUAACCAUGUUUCGAGGAAAUGGUCCGAGCAGGUUGAUAAUGGUGCUAAUUUGCUUGUGACUGUGCCUGGUGGUGGAGAUGGACCGAGUGGUGUGCUCGUUUGUGCGGAAAAUUUUGUUAUAUAUAAGAAUCAAGGGCAUCCAGAUGUAAGAGCGGUUAUUCCGAGACGAGAGGACCUGCCAGCUGAGCGUGGGGUGUUGAUUGUCUCUGCUGCCAUGCAUAAGCAGAAAACCAUGUUUUUCUUUCUUCUGCAAACUGAGUAUGGUGAUAUUUUUAGAGUGACGUUGGACCACGAUAAUGAUAGAGUGAAAGAGUUGAAGAUCAAGUAUUUUGAUACUAUUCCUGUGACUUCUUCGCUAUGUGUGCUGAAGUCGGGGUUCCUUUUUGCCGCGUCAGAGUUUGGGAACCAUGCCUUGUAUCAGUUUCAGGCUAUAGGAGAUGAUCCAGAUGUAGAGGCCUCGUCGGCUACACUGAUGGAAACCGAAGAAGGUUUUCAACCUGUUUUUUUCCAGCCGAGGAAACUGAAGAAUCUAGUCAGGAUUGACCAGGUUGAGAGCUUGAUGUCGAUGAUGGAUAUGAAAGUUUCAAACCUCUUUGAAGAAGAAACCCCUCAGAUAUUUACACUUUGCGGACGUGGUCCUCGGUCAUCUCUCCGGAUAUUGAGGCCAGGUUUAGCUAUCAGUGAAAUGGCAGUGUCACAGUUACCUGGUGUUCCAAGUGCUGUCUGGACAGUGAAAAAGAAUGUCAACGAUGAAUUUGAUGCUUAUAUUGUCGUUUCUUUCGCAAAUGCCACUCUUGUGCUUUCCAUCGGUGAGACUGUUGAAGAAGUUAGUGAUAGUGGAUUUCUCGACACAACACCUUCCCUCUCCGUGUCUUUGAUUGGGGAUGACUCUCUAAUGCAAGUCCAUCCAAGCGGGAUUAGACAUAUCAGAGAAGACGGGCGUAUUAACGAGUGGAGAACUCCUGGGAAGAGAACGAUUGUUAAGGUUGGGUCUAAUAGACUUCAGGUUGUCAUUGCUCUGAGUGGUGGGGAGCUUAUAUAUUUUGAAGUUGAUAUGACUGGGCAGCUGAUGGAGGUUGAGAAGCAUGAAAUGUCAGGAGAUGUUGCCUGUUUGGAUAUUGCCCCUGUCCCUGAAGGAAGACAGAGAUCACGGUUCCUUGCCGUUGGAUCUUACGACAAUACUAUCCGCAUCUUAUCUUUGGAUCCUGAUGAUUGUAUGCAGAUUCUUAGCCUGCAAAGUGUUUCUUCUCCUCCUGAGUCUCUCCUCUUUCUUGAAGUCCAGGCUUCUAUUGGAGGGGAGGAUGGAGCAGAUCACCCUGCCAGCCUCUUUCUUAAUGCUGGUCUACAAAAUGGUGUCUUAUUCAGGACAGUAGUGGAUAUGGUGACUGGUCAGCUUUCAGAUGCCCGCUCUCGGUUCUUAGGACUCAGAGCACCGAAGCUCUUCUCUAUUGCUGUGAGAGGGCGAAGGGCUAUGCUUUGCUUGUCCAGUAGACCUUGGCUCGGUUAUAUACACCAAGGACACUUCCUCCUGACACCUCUGUCGUACGAGACUCUUGAAUUUGCUGCUUCAUUUUCAUCAGAUCAGUGUGCAGAAGGUGUUGUUGCUGUUGCUGGUGAUGCUUUAAGGGUUUUCACCAUUGAGAGACUGGGAGAAUCGUUUAACGAAACUGCUAUACCUUUGAGGUAUACCCCGAGAAAGUUUGUACUUCACCCCAAACGCAAGCUGUUGGUAACAAUUGAGAGUGACCAGGGAGCAUUUACUGCAGAAGAGCGUGAAGCUGCGAAAAAAGAAUCAUUUGAAGCGGCUGGAAUGGGAGAAAAUGGGAACGCAAAUCAGAUAGAGAAUGGUGACGAUGAGGAUAACAGUGAUCCACUUUCCGAUGAACAGUAUGGUUAUCCAAAGGCAGAGUCUGGAAAGUGGGUUUCUUGCAUCAGAGUUCUGGAUCCAAGGACAGCACAAACGACCUGUCUACUGGAGCUUCAGGACAAUGAAGCUGCCUUCAGCAUGUGCACUGUAAAUUUCCAUGAUAAGGAGUAUGGAACUCUUUUAGCAGUUGGUACAGCAAAGGGCCUGCAGUUUUGGCCCAAAAGAUCCUUUGAAGCUGGAUUUAUCCAUAUAUAUAGGUUUAAGGAAGAUGGAAAGGUCCUUGAACUUCUGCACAAGACUCAAGUGGAAGGUGUUCCUCUUGCGUUGUGCCAAUUCCAAGGGAGAUUGCUAGCUGGGAUAGGACCAAUACUCAGAUUGUAUGAUUUGGGGAAAAGGAGGUUGCUGAGGAAGUGUGAGAAUAAGCUGUUUCCGAACUCUAUCACCUCUAUCCACACUUACCGUGAUCGAAUCUUUGUUGGUGAUAUGCAAGAGUCGUUCCACUACUGCAAGUACAGACGUGAUGAAAACCAGCUGUACAUAUUUGCUGAUGACACUGUUCCAAGAUGGCUCACUGCAGCACACCACAUAGACUUUGACACAAUGGCAGGCACAGACAAAUUCGGAAACGUUUUCUUCGUACGGUUACCACAGGAUGUGUCAGACGAGAUCGAAGAAGAUCCAACUGGUGGUAAGAUUAAAUGGGAGCAAGGGAAGUUAAAUGGGGCUCCAAACAAAGUAGAGGAGAUAGUCCAAUUCCACGUCGGUGAUGUUGUCAGUUGCUUGUAUAAGGCAACUCUGAUUCCAGGCGGUGGAGAGUGCAUUUUAUACGGAACGGUAAUGGGCAGUUUGGGCGCCUUUCUUCCAUUCGCUUCGCGUGAUGAUGUUGACUUUUUCUCCCAUUUGGAGAUGCACAUGAGGCAGGAGCAUCCACCUUUAUGUGGCAGAGAUCACAUGGCCUACAGAUCUUCCUAUUUCCCUGUGAAGGAUGUGAUUGAUGGAGAUUUGUGUGAGCAGUUCCCAACUUUGCCAAUGGAUAUGCAACGUAAAAUUGCCGAUGAGCUGGAUAGAACUCCUGGGGAGAUUUUGAAGAAACUGGAAGAAAUAAGGAAUAAAAUAAUUUGAGGUAAUGCUCUUGGCAAUGGAAAAAGUCUUCCGAACCAUUGAAUUUGAAUUAUCUGUGACUUUUUAAAUUAGUGUUUUGUCUUCUAAUUAUUUGGUUAAAGAUUUAUGUAUCGUUCCUUUGGUGUAAUAGUUCACUGUUUUCCGUGUAUCAAGUUUCGGCAUGACAUUUAGUUGCUAUAUCAUUUUGAUACAGGUUAUUACUCGUGUGCUUCUUCUGUUCAUUGAUUUGAAAUAUGACAGACAUGGCGAAAGUGUUAUAGCCGGAUUGUGCCAUAUGUUUCAUAGAAAACCGGUCUCCAAACGCAAGCGUGGCAUGGAAGAGACAAUGUAAGAAAACAGGGAAGUGGAUGUUGUAGCUCCAACUUGCUUAGCAACGGAUUAAUAUAUAUUAUGCCUUUUUCUUUUCUUUUUUUUCUCUUCUUUUUUGCGUGUGUAAUUUAAGGUAGUGUAAUUGCGCUCUCAGUUGACUAGUCAACCAUAGACUAAUAUAUUUAUUUUGAACUUA